UGACGUAUGAUUUGUCUAAUCGUCCAAGUAUAACCUCAAAGAUCAUGAAUUAUCAGCUAAAAUGAUGAUAAAACACAUAUGAUUUAUAUGAUUGUCAAAAUAUUCUGAUAUGGAGCUCGAUGCGAUGAUAACUUAAUUGCUGGUUGAUUUGAUGAGCAAAAUGAAACUAAUUGAUUUGUACUGAUGACAAUGAUCACUGGGAUCAACAGAAAAUUGAUGGAUGUGAUUGUCUGUAAAUUACCAGUUAAAAAUGAAUUCAUUGUUGAAGUCCGUAAAGUCAAUAGCCAACAAGAGGCACUUCCUGGUGAAGGAAUCGCUGAGGAAACAAUUGAACGCAACGGUAAUGGAGUUGCAAGGCGUCGAGGGAAUAUCAGAAGGUACUGUUGGUAAUUGCGAGGAAACGAUGGCACUUUGUUCAGUGCUGGAAGCGAUAUUCCUUCAUGGUCUCAAGGACAGUCUGCUGAAUCGAGUGACUGAGGUGCUGAGUGGUCCCGAUUUCGACGCAAUGCCACAGCCGAGUUUCUGGGGCCCGCUGCUGGUGUUCUCGCAUCGGGAAAUGAUUGACCAGAUACUAAAUUUGCAGCAGAUAACCACGGAAGUUGGUUACUGUCGUGCGUGGAUAAGGCUUGCUAUUAAUGAGGGUCUUCUGUCGAGCUAUUUGUCAUCAAUACAACGGGACGAUUCAGCAUUGAAGCCUUAUUAUGAUCGCUCUGCGUUCAUUCGUGAUUCGGAUCAUAUUGAAGUCGCCAGAAGAUUGAUUGAAAGCCUUGACAGUAUCACUUUUCAGCUGGCUUGUAACACUAGUUUAUUAAAUUUUUGGUCCAGCACGCCGCUGCUGAUGGCAGCUAUCUGGCUACCGCCAAUGAAGUCGUGCCCUGUCUUCAGCGCUGUUGACAUUGCCAAGACAAUUAACAGCGAUCCGAUAGACUCUUCUUACAACAGCGAUGACGUCGAGACUGCUAGUUCUAUUGGUAGUAUGGGAUCAUUUUCAUCACAGUCUAUUUUAAAUAACGUCUCGGCGCUCAGUGAAGAUGAUGCGUUGAGAAUAAUACUGGCCAAUGGUGGGAGGCAGAUUAAAAUUGAUGACAAAGGUACUAGAGAUGUUGGAGAGUCUAGCAGAUCAAGGCCAGCUCAGGAGGAUCCUAAGACUGCUGAAGAAAAUGACCCGGUGCUGAAAGAAAGUAAACCUGAGGCAUCAACUGACGUAGCGGUUGCUGAAGAAAGUGUUGAGAGCGCGACCCAAAUAGAUGCUGAGGAAGAAAAGGAACCAGCGAAAGCUGAAGUUGUUGGUAACUCGUUGAUUGGAAAACUUGGGUGGUCGACGUCGAUAGAAGAGGGCGAGUCUUCUAUGACUUCGUCAAUGGUAUCGCGAGGUUCACUCGUCGAGCCACGUACUCCUGGUGACGGAGCGACUUAUGACGCUUUGAUAAAAAGUUAUCAUACCGCUGGCUACGCUACUUCACCAGACAUUCGUGACUUUCUUGAUAAGUACACGCCUGGGGUUACCCAGGAGCAGGAGGAACCUAAACCGGAAGUCAAGACUGGAGACAAUUUAGAGGAGCAGAUAGGAAGAUUGCCGCGGGAGAAAGGUCUAGAUGUUCAGAACUACAGUUGCUUUGACUGUGGACACGCUAUUGGGAUGACAUUUUCCAAAGCUUAUGUUUGCGGAUUUUCUGGAAAUUAUUUCUGCAUCAACUGCAUGGCAAUUGAAGAAUUUUUAAUACCAUCGCGUAUAAUUCAUAACUGGGAUUUAAAACACUACAGGGUCAGUGUAAAAGCGGCAUCGUAUCUUACAGACUGUGCAACUUUAUUGAACCUAAAGGUUUUAAAUCCAAAAAUUUACGCAGCAGUUGACAGUAUGGCACAAUUGCGUACUUUAAGAAUACAACUGAAUCUUCUACGUGCGUAUUUAUUUACCUGCCGUGAACCGAUCAUCGAAUCACUACAGAAAAAAGUUUCACCACGUGACUAUUUGUACGAACAUGUGCAUCAGUACUCAGUAUCAGACCUUCUGGACGUACCUUCUGGAAGUUUAGCUCAGCAGCUACAGAAAAUAGUUGAGUUUGCGAGGAAUCAUGUUUUGAAUUGCUGGCUUUGUAGUCAGAAAGGUUUCAUCUGUGAAAUUUGUAAUAAUCCUAAAGUUAUUUAUCCAUUUGACAUGGCUUCUACUUACAGAUGUGGAGAGUGUAAUGCUGUCUUUCAUGCCGACUGUCUUAAUUCUAAAAAACCCUGUCCGAAAUGCGAGCGUAAGCGAAAGCGGACAGAUCGGCCGCCGAUUGAUGCUCAAGAAUCCACUUCAACGUGAUAACAGGUUAUCAGCAAUAUAGAUAAUUAAGUAAAUAAAAUAUCAUCGCUUGAUUGCAAUGAUCCUUAAAGAGCUUUAAAAUUAAUUUUUAAAUAUUACAAUUAAGUGAAAGCCCUAAUUAUUUACACUAAUACGUAAGCUAGAUAUUACAAUAAAUUUUUUAAAUUGAUCUUGUGUUUGCCCAAGCAGCACAGAGACAACUUUACAUGUCUUUUAAAAGGACUAGACUAAUUUUUUGUCACAAAGGCAAGUGUGCUAUUUGGGUGAUUGCAUUCUGUAAGUGUACCAAUUAUGGACAUGAUAUACAGUCUCUGCUGUUUGCAGAGAUGUCACGAAA